AUGAACCCCCAAAGAGAACUGGGUGGCAUCGUGGGAAUUGUUGUAUGCUCGGUUUCCAACAUACUCAGACCCUCCAAUUCUGUUGCUGCAACUGUCAAACAGAGUCUAGCGCGCCACCGAUUGAGUCGAACUCGGUUCGUUUCCACCGGGCUCGAUAUCUUUAUCCCAUAUGUGGCGACAUCUCUGGCGGGCAUGUAUUUCAUCUCAAAUUUGAGUCUGCCGUAUUAUAUGGUGUCCAAAAUGAUUUUGGGGCUGCUUCUGACCAGUGUCCAUACUGCCUGGGUUCAUACUGUCAUCUCAAACAAAGACAAAUCUGUUUGGCAGAGGAUCCCAAGUGCAAGGGAUUGGCUCGCUCUUAUUCCCGCCGCUUCUCUGGACAUUACACUGCCUGAUGCUGUUUAUCAUCUGACAAAGGGUACUCUGGUGUACUUCCAGGACCCAGCCCAGGGUGGAGAGCUUUCUCCGACUGUGUCCUUCUUUUCCGCUAUCGCUCCGGUAGCAUUUAGCUGGUUAGCAGCGACUGUCACCAAUGCUGUCUAUACGAAGGUAGCGGCAUCAAUGUUACACGUCAAUGACCAGGCUGCUGGAUCCUCCGAUCAUGAAGGCCCAAAAAGACAGCUUAGCGUUGUUGAAGCCGCCAGUAGGAUCACAGUGCAGGACUGGCAUCGUUACCUGGGAAUUGUGUAUGAAGCAGUCCUAUAUGAGGGGAUAUGGGUGACUUUUUCCUGCAUCGUCAUUGCAACGGAGCUUCAUUACCACGACCCAUGCGCCGUUAUGGAUUUACUGGGUUGGAUCUGUCGAGACUGGUGA